AGUGGCUGAGAGCUCAGCUGGUGACAGAGGGCACUGGUAGCUGCAGGACCUUGCUGAGAGACCUCCAGGCUCCUAAACAGGGACCCGAGGAGCGGGUUAUGCUGGGGGCUCAGAUUGACGUGGACAAGUGGACACUCAGGACAGCGCCAUGGGGGAUGUGCAGGAGGACUAUGAAGAAGUGGUGGAGAUCCCAGAGCAGGAGGACAGUGAAGAAGCACUGGAGAAGAUUCUAGAACAAGAGGAGUAUGAGGAUCCAGGCAUCUCUGUGCAACAGGUGGAGCCUGAGGCUCUUCCCACUGAGCCAACAGCUACAGACUACAUCCCGGCCACCUCUGCCACAUCGCACCCAAGUUCCCUUGAGGCUUACGUAGAGAUGCAGGAACUGGUGAUGGACCAGAAGAAUCAGGAGCUGCAGUGGGUGGAGGUGGCGCACUGGAUGGGGCUGGAGGAGAACCUUGGGGAGGAUGGGGCUUGGGGUCGCCCACACCUGCCCUAUCUCACCUUCUGGAGUCUCCUGGAGCUGCAGAAGGCCUUUGCCAAAGGCACCGUCCUCCUGGACCUUCAGGAGACCUCCCUGGCUGGCGUGGCCAACCAGCUGCUGGACAGCUUCAUCUAUGAUGAACAGAUCCGGCCUCAGGACCGUGAGCAGCUGCUCCGGACCCUGCUGCUCAAACGCAGCCAUGCCCAAGACCUGAAGGCUCUGGAGGGGGUAAAGCCAGCCGUCCUGAUGCGUUCUGGGGACCCUUCUCAACCAUUGCUCCCCCAACAGCCCUCGCUGGAGACAAAACUUUACUGUGAGAAGGGAGAUGGGGGCUCUGAAGGGCACUCACCAUCUAGAAUUCUGGAAAAGAUUCCUCCAAAUUCAGAGACCACCCUGGUGCUUGUGGGUCGUGCUGCCUUCCUGGAGCGCCCAGUGCUGGGCUUUGUUCGGCUCCAGGAGGCCGGAAAGCUAGAGGACCUGGAGUUUCCCCAGCCUGUACGCUUCCUCUUUGUGUUGCUGGGACCGGAGGCCCCCAACCUUGACUACAACCAGCUGGGCCGGGCUGCUGCUACCCUCAUGACAGAAAGGGUAUUCCGCACAAAUGCCUACCUGGCCCAGAGUCGGGGGGAGCUGGUGCAUUCCCUGGAGGGCUUUCUGGACUGCAGCCUGGUACUGCCUCCCACCGACACGUCCUUUGAGCAAGCCCUCCUCAGCCUAGUGCCCGUGCAGAAAGAGCUGCUUCGAAGACGCUACCUGCCCAGCCCUGCCAAGCUGGACCCCAGCUUCUACAAGGGUCUAGACUUGAAUGGGGGCCCGGGGGUUCCUGGUGGCCCUGAUGACCCUCUGAAGCGAACAGGCCAAUUCUUUGGAGGUCUGGUGCGAGACAUCCGGCGCCGCUACCCCUACUACCUAAGUGACAUCACCGAUGCGCUCAGCCCCCAGGUCCUGGCUGCUGUCAUAUUCAUCUACUUUGCUGCCUUGUCACCUGCCAUCACCUUCGGCGGCCUCCUGGGAGAAAAGACCCAGAACCAGAUGGGAGUAUCAGAACUGCUCAUCUCCACUGCGGUGCAGGGCAUUCUCUUCUCCUUACUAGGGGCUCAGCCCUUGCUCGUGGUUGGCUUCUCAGGACCCCUGCUGGUGUUCGAGGAGGCCUUUUUCUCGUUCUGUGAGCGCCGCAACCUGGAAUACAUCGUGGGCCGUGCAUGGAUCGGCUUCUGGCUCAUCUUGCUGGUAGUGCUAGUGGUGGCCUUUGAGGGGAGCUUCCUGGUCCGCUUCAUCUCCCGCUACACUCAGGAGAUCUUUUCCUUCCUCAUCUCCCUCAUCUUCAUCUAUGAGACCUUCUCCAAGCUGAUCCAGAUCUUCAAGAAACACCCUCUUCAGGAGAGUUAUACCCCAGUUGCGAUAAAGCCCAGCCCUCAGGGCUCCUUGCCUAACACAGCCCUCUUCUCCCUUGUGCUCAUGGCUGGCACCUUCUUACUUGCCAUGAUGCUGCGCAAGUUCAAGAACAGCUCCUACUUCCCUGGCAAGUUGCGUCGAGUCAUCGGGGACUUUGGGGUCCCCAUCGCCAUCCUGAUCAUGGUUCUGGUAGAUUCCUUCACCAAGAACACCUACACCCAGAAACUCUCAGUGCCUGAUGGUCUUAAGGUGUCUAACUCCUCAGCCCGGGGCUGGAUUAUCCACCCACUGGGCCUGUACCAUGUGUUCCCAACCUGGAUGAUGUUUGCUUCAGCCCUACCUGCCCUGCUGGUCUUCAUCCUUAUAUUCCUGGAGUCUCAGAUCACCACGCUGAUCAUCAGCAAACCUGAGAGGAAGCUGAUCAAGGGUUCUGGCUUUCACUUGGAUCUGCUGCUGGUGGUGGGCAUGGGCGGGGUAGCUGCCCUCUUUGGGAUGCCCUGGCUCAGCGCCACCACCGUGCGUUCUGUCACCCACGCCAAUGCCCUCACCGUCAUGGGCAAGGCCAGUGCCCCAGGGGCUUCAGCUCAGAUCCAGGAGGUGAAGGAGCAGCGAAUCAGCGGGCUCCUGGUCUCGGUGCUUGUGGGCCUAUCCAUCCUCAUGGAGCCCAUCCUGUCCCGCAUCCCCCUGGCGGUGUUGUUUGGCAUCUUCCUCUACAUGGGGGUCACAUCUCUCAGUGGCAUCCAGCUCUUUGACCGCAUCUUGCUGCUGUUGAAACCAGCCAAGUACCACCCGGAUGUGCCCUUCGUCAAGCGGGUGAGGACCUGGCGCAUGCACCUGUUCACGGGUAUCCAGAUCAUCUGUCUGGCCAUGCUGUGGGGGGUGAAAUCCUCAGCACUCUCCCUGGCGCUGCCCUUCAUCCUCAUCCUCACUGUGCCCCUGCGGCGCUUCCUGCUGCCCUUCAUCUUUAGCAAGCUGGAGCUCCAGUGUCUGGACGGAGAUGACACUAAUCCAACCUUUGAUGAAGAGGAUGGUCGGGAUGAAUAUGACGAAGUGCCCAUGCCUGUGUGAGGGGUGGCACAGGCUGCCCCCAACCAUUCUCCAUCCUCACCCUCCCAGGCAAGGUAGUUCAUGAGCAUCUCAUGGACUCCCAGACCCCACGGCUGUGGGUAGGGAAGGAUGGGGGGUCAAGGGUACCCUGGCUCUUCUGGCUGAAGAUGGCCAGGGUGCCACAUCAGGGAAUUAAGCCUACAGAUUCUCAUGCUGCCACACUGCCAUGCAGGGGUCUCAUGUCCCAUGGGCACAGAGACACGGACAGUGGUGAAAGUAGAGGGUGGAAGGGCGUUCAACUUCUGGCUGGCUAUGUGACCUUGGGCAAGUCCUUGACCUCUCCUGACUUUUCUAUAAAAUGGUGAUAGCAACAUUUGGCAUACAGAGGGGUCCCUGAGGACCAAAGCUAAAUGUGAAAAGUGCUUUGUCUGAAAGAAUUUUGCAGAACUCACUGUUCACCUUCCAGCCCACCCACGGUCACACAGCUACCAGGCCAUAUCGCUGGUAUUCGACCUGGACUUCUGAUUAGGACAGCCCUGUCCUCUAUCCACCCUCUGCCUUCCCUGCUCAGAAUGUCCCUGCUGACCCCUCCCUCAUGUCUCUGUACCAAGCCCACCUUGAAACCCUCUGCAGCCAGGGAGGUCGUUCUGGUGAGGACCAGGUGCAGGUGAGGGCUCAGGCCUCCUAUGUGCUUGCUUCCUCCUACCAAGUACUCGUUCAUUCACUCAUUCAUUCACCACUCAUUCAUUCACUCCACAGUUAUCUUCUGAGGGCCCAAGGAACCUUUGUAUACAUAGAGGGAAUUGACACUGGAUCAGCUGGGAAUGGAGGGUGGGGGGCGGGCGGGAAGGUAUGGGAGAGAUGGGUGGGAAGUUUGUAAUUUAUUCAUUGUGUAUUUUCUAAGAGCUUUUUAUUGUACUUUGGCUUUAUGUACUCAACUGCUCCUGCUUCGAGACACACUGUCUCCAACCCCAAUCUAAACCAAAUCCUGGGGGAACCAGACUGGACCCAUUGGAGUAGGAGACAGUGGCUGCUCAAGAACAUGUGCAAAACCUAUUUUUUUUUAACAAAACAAAAGCCUAAGAAGAGUUGAAAGAACAGAAAGUGGUGAGGAAUGGGAUUUGGGGAUGCAGGUGACAAAGGCUUUCAGAGGGUCCCUGAAAGCUGGCACCACCACCCCCUACCAUGCUUCACUAUUCUACACUUCAGUUUCCUCAUCUGUAAAAUGGGAUGAUAAUGGUACCUACCUUGUAGGAGUGUUGUAAGAAUUAACUAAGAUAGAAUCAGUAAAGCAUUUGCCUUGCAGUGCAGAGCCCACCCUUAGCGGGGAUGAUUGUUUGGUUGUCAUGUCCCUCCCCCUUCCUCCCCCUGCUCCUUGAACAUUGCCAAGGAAAAGUGAAGGGAGGGAGGGAUGUCAUCCUCUCUGCUAGCAUCCUACCCCCUCAAUGCUUGGGAAUAGGUUUUAACAAUAAAUAAACUCUUUUGUGUUAAAAUGGUA